AGAAAUAUUUUACUUUUAUAGGCGUGCAGGGGGGGGGAAACAAGUCACGCUGCUGUCAUUUAAUUAGAUUAUGGUCAGGCUUUUUGCACUGCAGUGAUUGUUUCUUUGUUUGACAGUCCGUGCGGGGUCCCUUUUGUUUCCUGGCUCCUCCGGGUGGUUCCCGUCAUGUCGGGGAUGCAGCAGCUCAGGCUGCUGGUCAGUGAGCGGCUAACGGCGGCUGCAGAGGAGAUCUUCGGGCUCGUUGAGAGGACAAUAACGGACUAUCAAGAAGAGGUGGUCCGCUCCAAGAGAGAAAUCAUCCAGCUGAGACAGCAGAUCGAGCAGCUGACCGUCUUACAGCCUCGAGUAUCUUUGUUCAAAGAAGGUGUCCAAUCAGUACCAGAGAUUCAAAUUCAGUCUCCAGUUGAAGAACAAAAGGAAAGUCAGGAGCAUCAGAAGGUAAAGGAGGAGCAGCUGGAUGUCUGCAUUAUCCCAGACCUGGACACCGACUCCUCAGAAGAUGUAAAAGUUUUUCCUUAUGAAUCAGAGACAACCCCUCAUGCUGAGCCCCAGCUGUUGCCAAGAGUCAGCUCCAUAACUGUGACUUUAAACAACGAUGAUGUGCACAAUGAGUGGAAUGAGAGUGCUGGCUCAGAUUUGUCUUGUUUUGGUCGAAGUCACAGUGAUGCUUCCUUUUUGCAGCAGGAACUAACCCUGGAUAAGAAGUCCUGCCGUAUCUGUGGCAUAUCCUUCAUCAGGGACUGUGAUCUGAUCAGGCACAUGGAAGAGGCCCACACUGGACACAAAGCAUUCAAAUGCUUUGAAUGCCUCAAGGAAUUCGCUCGUAGAGAUAGUCUGGCUUUGCACAUGAGGGUCCACACGGGCGAGAAGCCGCACAGGUGCCCCUUCUGUGAGAAAACCUUCACGCAGACUUCAAACCUCAGGGUUCACAUGAGGAAACACACAGGCGAAAAACCGUACUUCUGCGACACUUGUGGCAAAAUGGUGGCACACUCCUAUCACCUGAAAAUAUGUUCCAGACAAACCUCAUAUACAACAGACAUCACAGGGGAGAGGGCCUUUCGCUGCUUCCGAUGUGGCAAAAAAUUUCAUACAGUUUCAGACCUCAGUGUGCACAUGAAGAUCCACGAAGCCAGAAAAUCACAUGCUCUUGUGCAGGUUUUUUCUUGAUCAGAUGUAGAAUGUUAAUUAGUUGCUAUUUUACUCCUCAUAAAAUCUAGAAGUCGAUAAGAAUUGUGAAUGCAAAUUAUUUUUUACCCAUUAAAAAACUUGGUGUACGGGUUUACAUAUAUAGAAGCCUGUUGUGUUUCAGGUCCUUUUACUCCCUAUUGUUAUGUCAUCUAAAUAAACUGAGCAUGGAGAACCAAAAA